GAAAAACUGCCCAUUUGCACACAUCGUUUUUUUAUAUAUUUGGGUAACACAAGUCUCUCUACGGCUUUCGUUGUUCUCUCUUCUUCUCUAUAGGUACACAGCUCUCUCUCCCGCUUGGCAGUGCUUGCUUCCCAUGACGUUGUUCAAGGCGCUGCUUUCUCUGUGCCUCGUCGCACUGGUGGCGACGACGUGCUUUGCGCAGAUCGCCGAGGAGGCGGAGAUCAACCCGCACCCGGUGCUCUUCGUGUCCAAGACGACGUCGAGUGACGACAUCAUCCUCGGCAGCUCGGUGGAGGUGGUAGUGACGGUCACGAAUCUCGGUCAGAGCCCCGCCUUCGAUGUGGAGGUGGUGGAUCAGCUGGAGGAGGGCGCCAAGACCUUAUCAGUCGCGGCGCUGCCCUACGGUGCUUCGGAGACGCUGCGCUACACCGUCACGCCGCGUGCGCUGGGCAACUACCCCGUCUCCGUUGCGGUGGUCACCUACAACGUGGAGCAGGGCAACGCCGCGACGUCGCAUACCGCCCUCAGCAACUUCAUCCGCGAGGGCGACGCGUACUUCUAUGGCGAGGGCGUCGAUGACGAGAGCUUCCGCGGCGUCAUCUCCGUCCUCACCCGCGACCGCUACGAGCGUCUGCAUGCGCGCUACAUCAAGGAGUUCACGGCGUACAUCUUCCUAGGCGCCAUCCCUGCGCUGUUCCCCUACGUGUUGUACCGCGUGAAGCAGAGUGAGGUGGAUGCCCUGCUGCGCCGUACCAAGGGAGGCAAGUAA